UAUAUAGAAAGUAUAGCUUUGUUUCCGUUACGAUCUAUUUCCAUUGUAUAGCAAUUGGAAAGGAUUCAAAAAUCGCAAAUGCGAAGCAAGGUUAAAUAGAAACGCAGUUCAAUUAACUUUAACAUUUUAUUAUAGAAAAUUUGAUUACGUCUAAAAAAAUGGGUCGGAAAAUUCCUGGUAAAAAGCAUCGAGGCGUGAAGGAUCCUUUUAAACAACACGCGAAACGAGAAGCCGAGUUAGAAACAAAAAUAAACGCUCCGCCAAAAGAUGUGGACGAACAAGCAAUACCAAGGAGUUUGGAACAUUUAAUAAGAUUAAAGGAGACAGUGAAAUCGGGAAAAAUAACUAAAAUAAAGAAACGGAAAAAGCACAAAAAUCCAUUAAUAUCCGUAGGCGGAGAGACUCCCAGAUUUUCGCAUCCAAAAGCAAAACCCGAGAAAGUUGUUCCUCUGUUUCAACAGAGGCCUGGAGAAAGCGAAGAACACUUCUUGCAUAGAGUUCAAAAAGAGACUCAUGCUUUUCUUGGGGAAACUGCAUUUGAGAAGAAGUAUAAUGUCCAAGUGAAUCGAAAUCCGGAAACAGGAAACAUUGAAGGACUCUCAAAAUGCAAGUUAACUGAAUUGGAUAAACUUGAAAUGUUAAGGGCAAGGCAUAAAAAUAUAAAAAAGAAGAAGAAGAAAGAUAGCGAUGAGGUUAAGAUGACAAAGAGUCAGAAAAGAAAAGAGAAGUUACAAUUAAAGAAAGAAACAAAGGAGGAAAAUGAUGUGGAUGAGUUCGAAAAUUUUAAAGAUCAAAUCAAGUUUGGUGAAGUUGCUCAUGAACCACCUCAAUUCAAAAUAAGGCCAAAGGCAGCUGAUUCCACAAUGAGCACAAAGCCUGGCAAAAAAGAUCUCUUGCUGCAUUCAUUGCUAAAGAAAAAUGAAUCACCAAAAAUAGUUUCUACAAAGACAAUCUCCAUUGAUAAAUCAGGCAAACGAAAAAAUUUGCCAGUUGGAGAAAGAAGAAGACUGGAAAAAGAUCAAAAGGAUGUCAUAGCAGCAUACAGAAAAGUGAAAGCACAACGUUCUGUUGGUAUUAACAACUAAAGUACGUAUCAUAAAGUGUUACACUUUUCCUAUAGAUAAUUUAUUUUCGUAUGUUGACAUUGAUCCAAUUUAUUUAAUAAAGUAUACAAGAUUUUGAUCAUAGGAAAUUGUAUGUAUUUUUGAAAUUAAACAUCAUAUUUUUUACUAUACAAUUGUAGGAUUAACACGAAAAUAUAUAUAUACAUAUAGUAUAGGAUUUUAUAGAAGAGUUUUCUGUGCAAUACAUAUAGGUACUAGAUGUCUUUGGAUAAGGAUUGGUAAUACAUUUAUCACUAAUGAUAAAAAAAAAUUACGAAGUUCUAACAGUUUUAUCUUAUCAAGU